AUGUCCCUCGCUGUUCUCGCAGCCCUUGCCGCAUUGGCUUCGGCCCAAGUCGUAGACGACUCGCAGUGCGACUGCUACGUGACGGACGGUCCGUUUCCGACCUACUACCUCCAUCACGGCUUCUGGGACUUUCGCUCGCUGUCGCGCUGCGCCGGCGUGCCCGCGGUCCUCCCGGACGUCGCCGGCAACCUCCAGGCCAAAGCGACCUGCUCCUUGUUCGACUGGAGCGACCCCUUUACCCAGUUCUGGGGGCCGCAGCACUGGUCCAACGGAAACCAGACGUUCCCCAUGGUCACGACGUACAACAACCUGUAUAUCGAGCACAACCCGGGCGGCGAGAGCGCCACCUUUCUGACCAUGCGCACCGCGCGCCUGCCCGGCUUCCAGACAGCCGCCGAGCUGCAGUCGAUGAGCAAGGUGGACCACGCCUCGAUCCGGAUGCGCGCCCGCAGCCACGGCGCGCCCGGCGCGUGCACCUCCGUCUUUACCUAUCUCGGCGGCGCCCGCCUCGCCGACGUGCAGGAGAGCGACGUCGAGAUGCUGACGCGCGAGCCGGCCGCCAACACGAUCCACUACACCAACCAGCCAUCGUACCGCGAGGAUGGCAGCACGGUUGCCGGCGCGUCCUACACGGCGACGCUGCCCGGCGGCCGCCGCUGGUCAGACUGGCUCACCCACCGCCUGGACUGGACCCCGGGACGCACCACGUUUGGCGUCGACGGCGGCGAGAGCCACACGCAGACGUUCCAGGCGCCGCGCGAUCCGAGCUUGGUGCUGCUCAACGUGUGGAGCGACGGUGGCGUGUGGACAGGCAAGAUGGCGGCCGGCGGCGAGGCGUUUCAGAAUGUGCAGUGGAUGGAGAUGCUUUAUGACAUUUUGCCAGCAGGGAGGAAGUGUGAGCGAAAGUGCAGCAUUGACAAGUCGCCUGAGAUCGGUAAGCCUAUACGCGUCUAG